CAGCCGGCUGCUGGAGCUGGUUCUUCUGCUGGGCAACUACAUGAAUGCAGGCUCUCGCAACGCACAGAGCUACGGCUUUGACCUGGGUUCCCUCUGCAAGCUGAAGGACACGAAGUCAGCUGACCAGAAGUCAACGUUACUCCACUUCCUGGCUGCGGUGUGUGAGGAGGAGUUCCCAGAGGUCACCAAGUUCUCCGACGACCUGCAGCACGUAGACCGAGCCAGCCGAGGUAGGAGACAGAAACACACCACAGCCGGCAGAGAUCGACACCUAUAUCUGUCCACAAUGUGUCCGUAUUCCCUUUUCCUGCGCUAUAUUCAAAUUCCAGUAUGCAUUCUACAGCUAACCUCUGUAGCAAACUAG